UCCCCGCCGUGGCGGGGGCCCGGCUCCCGGGGAAGGGCGCGCUCCUCGGGGAGGGAGGGCCGGGCUCUGCGCGCCUCCGUCCAUUCCGUGAGACGCCAACGGGCCCGCGCCCCGUUCUCCCGUGUGCCCGGGAACACCUCCGCGAAGUACUCAGUAAAUUGUUUAUGUCGUGCCAAUACAGGACAGAUUGAAGAAGGAAGCAAGACUUGAACUGGGCUUUUCUCCUACUGAUCACAGGGAGUAAAGUCAUCUCUUAUAUUCCAGUCGCCAAGGAGAGAGAGAGAGAGAGAAAAUCAAGCAACAACCAACCCACCCCGUAUCUGACAUUUCCCUCAAUUUUAACCCCUUUUGGUUAGGAGCUGGUUUUGCCCAAAUUUGUUUUAAUGUUUGGGAUUCAGGAAAAUAUACCAAGAGGUGGGACGACCAUGAAAGAAGAACCGCUGGGCAGUGGGAUGAAUCCCGUCCGCUCCUGGAUGCAUACGGCGGGGGUAGUGGAUGCGAACACGGCCGCCCAAAGCGGCGUGGGGCUGGCUCGGGCACAUUUCGAGAAACAGCCGCCUUCCAAUCUCAGAAAAUCCAAUUUUUUCCACUUCGUCUUAGCUCUGUACGACAGGCAGGGGCAGCCAGUGGAGAUUGAGAGAACAGCUUUUGUGGACUUUGUGGAGAAAGAGAAAGAGCCAAACAAUGAAAAAACUAACAAUGGAAUUCAUUAUAAACUUCAGUUAUUGUAUAGCAAUGGAGUCAGGACAGAGCAGGACCUGUACGUUCGGCUAAUAGACUCAAUGACCAAGCAGGCCAUCGUCUACGAAGGGCAGGACAAGAACCCCGAGAUGUGCCGGGUGCUGCUGACACACGAGAUCAUGUGCAGCCGGUGCUGUGACAAGAAAAGUUGCGGCAACAGAAACGAAACACCCUCAGACCCCGUUAUCAUUGACAGAUUCUUUCUAAAGUUUUUCCUCAAGUGCAAUCAGAACUGUUUGAAGAAUGCAGGCAACCCGCGAGACAUGCGAAGAUUCCAGGUUGUUGUAUCAACAACAGUCAAUGUGGAUGGCCACGUGCUGGCUGUCUCAGACAACAUGUUUGUACACAACAAUUCCAAACACGGGAGGCGGGCUCGCCGCCUUGACCCCUCAGAAGGUACGGCCCCUUCUUAUCUGGAAAAUGCAGCUACUCCGUGCAUAAAGGCCAUCAGUCCUAGUGAAGGCUGGACUACUGGUGGGGCUACUGUCAUCAUAAUCGGAGACAACUUCUUUGAUGGCUUACAAGUCGUAUUUGGAACUAUGUUGGUCUGGAGUGAGCUGAUAACACCCCACGCCAUCAGAGUUCAGACACCACCACGGCACAUUCCAGGAGUUGUUGAAGUAACUCUCUCCUACAAAUCCAAACAGUUCUGCAAAGGUGCUCCCGGCCGAUUCGUCUACACUGCGCUUAAUGAACCAACCAUAGAUUAUGGCUUUCAGAGGUUGCAGAAAGUUAUUCCACGACAUCCAGGUGAUCCCGAAAGGUUACCAAAGGAAGUAUUACUUAAGAGAGCAGCAGACCUUGUUGAAGCCCUAUAUGGGAUGCCCCAUAACAACCAGGAAAUAAUCCUGAAACGAGCAGCUGACAUUGCUGAGGCGUUAUACAGUGUGCCCCGCAAUCACAACCAGAUCCCCACUCUCGCCAACACUCCCGCUCACACUGGCAUGAUGGGAGUGAACUCCUUCAGCAGCCAGCUCGCCGUUAAUGUCUCGGAAACAUCGCAAGCCAACGACCAAGGUUACAGUCGCAACACAAGCAGUGUUUCCCCGCGAGGAUAUGUUCCCAGCAGUACUCCUCAGCAGUCCAAUUACAACACAGUCAGCAAUAGCAUGAAUGGAUAUGGCAAUGCCGGCAUGCCCAAUCUAGGUGUACCAGGUUCCCCUGGAUUUCUUAAUGGCUCCUCAGCUAACUCUCCUUAUGGCAUAGUGCCGUCAAGCCCUACCAUGGCAGCCUCUUCGGUCACCCUCCCUUCAAACUGUAGCAGUACACACGGCAUUUUCUCAUUCUCACCUGCCAAUGUCAUCUCUGCAGUGAAACAAAAGAGCGCCUUUGCUCCUGUUGUCAGGCCCCAAGCCUCUCCUCCACCAUCUUGCACCAGUGCAAAUGGAAAUGGACUUCAAGCUAUGUCUGGGCUUGUAGUCCCGCCAAUGUAAAGUCACUUUUGUUUACCUACCGUAGCACCAAGCUUCAGAGGAUGGGCUUAGGGGACAAGUUUAGUAUAUUAAGACAUGCUGAUGGAAACAGUAUCUUCACACAGAAUCAGCAACAAAU